GCGGCAGCGGCAGCAAUGUACGGAAACGCCCGCGCUCCAGCCAUCAGCGUGAGCGCCGACAGCUGCAUCCCGGCCGGCCUGCGCCUUGGGCCGGUGCCUGGCACCUUCAAGCUGGGCAAGUACCUGUCAGAUCGCAGGGAACCCGGGCCCAAGAAAAAGGUGCGCAUGGUGAGAGGGGAGCUGGUGGACGAGUCGGGGGGCUCCAGUCUGGAGUGGAUAGGGUUAAUCCGGGCAGCCAGGAACUCCCAGGAACAGACUCUGGAAGCUAUUGCGGACUUACCCGGAGGGCAGAUCUUCUACCGCGCGCUUCGAGACGUACAACCAGGGGAGGAGCUGACCGUGUGGUAUUCCAACUCCUUGGCUCAGUGGUUCGACAUCCCUACGACUGCGACUCCGACGCACGACGAAAAAGGGGAGGAGCGCUACAUUUGCUGGUACUGCUGGAGGACGUUUCGAUACCCCAACAGCCUUAAGGCCCACCUACGCUUCCACUGCGUGCUUAGCGGCGGCGGUGACCGCUCUUUCCUGCACCACGAACACGCGGUUCGCCAGGGCACCGCUCCAGCCCCAGAUGGCCUCCGCAUCUCUCCGAAACCCUCGGCUCCCGAAUUCGCCGCGGCGGUCCGGGCGAGCAGUCUGCGGCCGCACCUGCAGGACCCACCGCCCCCCCAGGCAUGCGGGACGCCCGAGGGCAUUAAGCGGGAGGCAUCCUCCGCUCCCUCUGCCACCUCGGCGCCCCCGGGCAAAUGGGGACCGCUCAAGAAGGGCAAGGAACAACCGGAGCGCGCCCUGGACACGAGCGGGGCGGCCCGCAGACAUGGCCACAUCCUCGGCAUCGUAGGCGGCUCCCCAGCGGGGGGCGGCGGCCUGGCCUUCUACCCCGGCGUGCGCUCAGCCUUCAAGCCUGCAGGCUUGGCCAGGGCGGCGGCGCACGGCGACCCCUAUCGUGAGGAAGGCGAUGGCAAGCCGGGGACUGGUCCGGCCUUGGGCAGACUGCUGGGAGGGGGCCGGCAGGGCGGGCGUCCCGGGAGCGGGGACAACUCGGCGGUAGGCGGCGCGAGUCACCACCAUCACCACCACGCGCACCAUCACCACCACCACCAUCACCCCAAGUGUCUGCUAGCUGGGGACACGCUGCCGCCGCCUCCGCCCAGCCUGCCCUGCCCGGGGGCCUUGCGUAGCUUCCCUCUGCUCCCGGGACCCCCGGAAGAGGCGUCGGCCUUCAAGCACGUGGAGCGCGCCGCGCCUGCUUCCGCCGCGGCCGCCACACUGUCUGGUGCAGGUUACGCGCAGCUGCCCCCUGCGGCCGCGCUGCCCCUCGAGCGCUGCGCCCUACCGCCCCUCGACGCGGGCGGGAUCAAGGCCUACUCGGGUGGCGAGUGCAGCCACCUGCCCGCGGUCAUACCAGCCUUCACUGUCUACAACGGGGAGCUGUUGUAUGGCUCCCCGGCCGCCGCCACUUACUACCCGCUCAAACUGCACUUCGGCGGCCUACUCAAGUACCCCGAGUCCAUCUCCUAUUUCAGCGGGUCUACGGCGGCCGCGGCGGCAGCAGCGGCGGCAGCUGCAGCCGCCCUGAGCCCCGCCGAGCUGGGCUCUCUAGCCAGCAUCGACAGGGAGAUCGCCAUGCACACACAGCAGCUGUCCGAGAUGGCCGCGGGGAAGGGCCGCGGCCGCUUGGACGUGGGGGCGCUGCCGCCGGCCGUCGUGGCGGCUGGGGCUGCAGGGGGCGGCGGCAGCGGCGGCGGUGCAGGCAAGCCCAAAACGGGUCACCUGUGCCUCUAUUGCGGCAAGUUGUAUUCGCGCAAGUACGGGCUGAAGAUCCACAUGCGGACGCACACGGGUUACAAGCCGCUCAAGUGUAAAGUGUGCCUGCGGCCUUUCGGCGAUCCCAGCAACCUCAACAAGCACAUCCGUCUGCAUGCGGAGGGCAACACACCCUACCGCUGCGAGUUCUGUGGCAAGGUGCUGGUGCGCCGCCGGGACCUGGAGCGCCACGUCAAGUCCCGCCACCCCGGCCAGAGCGUGCUCACCAAGGCGGGCGAGGGCCCGAACGCCGAGUCCGGUUAUCCCCCGGAGCCCGGAGAGCCCAAGAGCGACAACGAUAGCGACGUGGACGUCUGCUUCACCGACGACCAGAGCGACCUCGAGGCGGGGGGAGGCGGCGAGCGCGACUCGUAG